ACUGCAUGCUCACCGAGUUGUGCUUUUUGCAGAGAAACAGCGCCCCCUAGAUGAAAACAUUCCGGAUGUCAGCAGUACUCGAAGCAGUGUCAUCUCACUCUUGUUUUUAAUAUUUGCUGCUUCCUCCUACAACACAUUUUAUGACCUGACGAAACCAAAAGAUGGUUAAUGAAACGCUGAUGUUUUAGUUUUUUUUUUUUCGUUUCUUGUCUUUUCUACAAAGCGGCGUUGGAGCAGCGAGCAUGUGAUGAGCCGAAGCUGCACACCUCCGUUACUCGGAAAACCUUUGAGAUGUCUGCGGAAACUUUUGUCUUUACGAUGAUACAGCUCUUGAUACAGAGAGGUUUUUGCCACGGAACUGUUUUCACUUUUGGCUUGUGAUAAUGGAUGAAGUCUGAGUGACACAAUGUCUUUGGGGGAGUGCAUCGAGCUUCGUGACCUUGGGCCUGAACAACAGCAGAUUCGACUGACCGGCACACAUUCGCCAUGUUCGCCUCCACGGCUGGAAAGAACAAACGCCGUGAGAAUCAGUCCGGGGAAGGUUCCGGACCUGCUAAGUCGGAUGGGCAUCAUCAGAGUCCUGAGCAGCUCUCAGGACCCACAGCUUGUGGAGGAGAAGGGAGAAGGACACAACUUCCAGCCCUGCAGCAAUGCACAGCCCAGCUGGUGCGACCUGUGUGGAGACUUCAUCUGGGGUCUCUACAAGCAGAGCCUGCGGUGUGUCAAUUGUAGGUUCACCUGCCAUUAUCGCUGUCGGGCCCUAAUCCGGCUGAACUGCAGUUGGGACCGAGGCUCAGUGACCGAUCACACAUGUGUUGUGGAACACACAAUAGAAACAGACACAAAUGUGGAUGAACAAACUGUACUGAAUAAACAGGAGUUGACGACUGCAGAUAUUCAGCAGAAGGUGAAGGAAUAUAAUGCUCAAAUCAACAGCAAUCUGUUCAUGAACAUAAACAAAGAUGGUUCCUACACUGGCUUUAUAAAAGUGCAGUUCAAGCUGGUGCGCCCCGUGUCCGUCCCACCACCAAAGAAAGGGAGCGUAAGACGUGACACGGGAGGGAGGAAGGCUGGUGGUGUAAAGCGCCGCACCUCUUUCUACCUGCCCAAAGAUGCAUCCAAGCAUCUGCACAUCAGCUCACGCACUUCUGCACGAGAGGUCAUUGAGGCAUUGCUGAAGAAGUUCACUGUGGUCGACAAUCCCGGGAAAUUUGCUCUGUUUGAGCGCAGCGAACGCCACGAUCAAGUUUAUCUACGUAAGCUGCCGGAUGAUGACCGUCCUCUCCAUCUGCGCCUGUGUGCUGGACCCAGUGAGAAAGUCCUCAGUUUUGUGCUGAAAGAGAAUGAAACUGGAGAGGUCAAUUGGCACGCCUUUUCCACGCCAGAGUUAAAUAACUUCCUGCGCAUCCUGCAGCGUGAAGAAGAUGAGCAUAUCAAGCAGAUAGUGCAGCGCUACGCUCUGGCCCGCACCAAGAUGCAGGAGGCAUUGGCCGGCUCCACCCCAGGCUGAGAGAACUCUUGGUUUGGGGUUAAACAUGCACCUCUUGACUGGAUCAUAACCUCAAGAUGACUGCAUCCAAAAAAAAAACCCCCAGAGAACACGAAUCAAAACGCCUCUUGGGUGUACGCGAGAGUGGAAGGGCGCAAGACAAUGAGGAGAACGCUGGCUGCGAAUGUGCGUGUGACAUGAUGCGAGAGUUGAGAAGUGCCUUACACCUGGAGAGUCUGAUGUGCCUGAGAGAAUGAGUUGAAGACUGGCAGAUUAGACACGGUUUUUGUCCAGUAAUGUCUUUAAUUGCUGGACACAGUCUAGAUAUCCAAUACACCUCAGCUGUGUUACUUUAACUUGACAGAGAAUAUUAGUGAAGAUGAGAAAAAAAAAAAAAAAUCUCAUCGGGAUAAGUCAUCAUCAUUAAAAUGAAGUGUGUAUCUUUUCUGCUUUAUUUUUCUACCUGAUGUGCAGAAAGGAAAGUUAAAAACACAUUUGUUGCUGAAAGGUAUUUGGGUUGUUUGACUCAGUCUGCCAUGUACUCUACACUACUAAUGGGUGCAGGUUUUAUUUUUUUUUAUUAUUAUUUUUAAUGAGUAUGACUGACGUGUGGACAUUUGUAUGAUUUUAUGACUCAGAAAGUGGUGUCACUCUGACUGAAAUCUUUCAUUUUAUAUGACUGCAACCUGUUUUUCAUUCCUUAUGUUUGUUCAGUAGCUGUUUGUCUCUUAUAAAAUGUCACUUUUUUCUUUGUUCACUCUUUUCAGUCUAUGCAUAAAAAUGGAACAUGUUGACAAACUUGAAGUGUUAAAAUGUGCACUGCCUUUAUUAAAACCGUCCUUUGUGUUUCAUC